AUGGCCGGAGAGGGACGGACCGAGGGCCCAGACAAAAAUGCUCUGGUGGAGCGAAAACUGGCAGGGCGAGGAGUCCCUUUCUGCGCUAAUGCGCAAGCGCCACAUCCCGGCGCGACCCAGCUCUUCCGGCGCGACGCGAGCUCCGCGGAGUCCAAUGGGAGCGCUGCGUCGGGGCUGCGCACGCGCGGUGCAGACUCGUCCGGAAGUAAGUGUCUCGGUGCUGAGCGCGAACCUGAGAAGAUGAACCCUUUAACUAAAGUGAAGCUGAUCAACGAGCUGAAUGAGCGUGAGGUCCAGCUUGGGGUGGCAGAUAAGGUGUCCUGGCACUCCGAGUACAAAGACAGCGCCUGGAUCUUCCUGGGAGGGCUUCCUUAUGAACUGACUGAAGGGGACAUCAUCUGUGUGUUCUCACAAUAUGGGGAGAUUGUUAACAUUAAUCUGGUGCGGGACAAGAAGACUGGGAAAUCCAAAGGAUUCUGUUUCCUUUGCUAUGAAGACCAGAGGAGCACAAUUCUGGCUGUUGACAAUUUUAAUGAUGUGACCAAAGAACUCCAGGAGAGGGGCUGUGGGGCUCACACCCCCUCAGUGAGUUCAUCAGAGGGUUCUGAAGAUGACAAACCCACAAAAAAACAUAAAAAAGACAAAAAGGAGAAAAAGAGAAGAAAGAAAGACAAAGAGAAGACUGACCGGGAGGUCCAGGCGGAGCAGCCGGCCCCCUGGUCGCCACCCAGAAACAAGGUGGUAAGGGAAAAGGACGACCCUGGCUCUAAAAAGCACAGCAACAGGAACUCAGAGUGGGGUCAGAAGUCAGAGCCCAGGGAGGUGCGGAAGCACCAGCCCAGCUCUCCCGAGGUCAGGGCGACCUGCCGCGGUGGAGAAGGGGACAGAGAGAGGGAGCCGAAGAAAGAGAAGCCGAAGCAUGAACAUAGGUCCUCAACCAGAGAAGAAAAGAACCGAGAUAGAGACCGAGGCCGAAGCUCAGACACACACUCCAGCCGGCCCAGUGGGCGUUCUGAGGGGCGUAGUCAGCGGAGUAGAAGCAGGAGCUGGGAGAGGUCCCACGGGCCGAAGAGGGCCCGGCGCUCACGGGACCAGGAGUCCUCUAACCCCGGUGACCGCAGGCACCACUGA